UCCGCUCUGGUCACACCCCGGCGAAUUUGUUUAGAUUUACCGAGUUUUUUUUUUGUUUGAUUUGGAUUCCCCGGGCUUGGAAUCGAAAUUGGAAUCCACCUGCAAGAUGCGCCUGUGUCCGCUGGCCGUGCUGCUCGGCAUCUUCCACCUGCUGCUGGCCUGCAACCACUGGGUCCUCCGCGAGGAGCAGAUUGUGCCCAAACUGGACUCGCCCUUUCACAUGCGUGAGCCCCAGAAUCUGGCGGCAUUUCUCCAGCAGAUCAGGUACAGUGAGUACGUGGAGCGGUCCUAUCUGGACUUGCUGCGCAAGCGGGAGCAGAUAGUGGAGCACCUGCGGUUCUCGAUGAGAUUCGGGGAGGACCUGGCGGAGCAGGCCAAAUGCGCCAUGGACUACUACAUGCUGGAGAAGCGGAUGUCCUACCUGAAGAUCACGCCCGAACAGCUGAAAAGGAUCAAUCUGCCGGACCAGCGACAGCUGCAUGCCCAGAAAAGUGCCUCCGCGAUGGGAAUGGAGCCGAUUUGCAGCGAUUAUCAUCGCCUGAGUGUGGGACCUGCCACCUACGAUCAUCUGGAUAGUUUUCGACCCGAGGUCCUGGCUGCAGCGUUCUUGGAACGCGAGCACGACACCAAUGUGGGCAUGGCCACGGUGGAGCUGACACGUCGAUUUGCCGUCGACGGACUGCAGCAUCAUCCGGCCUCGUGGAAAUUCCACACCCUGAGCUCCUACUACUGGCGAAUGCGGGGAAACGCGCGGGAAGCACUGCCCUGUGCCCGAUUAGCUGCCCUUCUGGCUCCACCGAUCUUCAAGGACAUUCCCCUGCUCAGUUUGGGCACUAUUCUGUUCCGAAUGGGCCGGCUAGCCGAUGCCGACUUGAUACUAACCGCUGCCGUGGAGCACGCCCCACAUGUGGCCGAAAACCAUGUGGUCUUGGCCUCCGCUCUGGCCAUGAAGCACGAUUUCAAUCGCUCGCUGCAGCAUUUCGAUGAGGCCGAGCGUCUGGACCCCAGCACAUUGCCACGCACUCAGCAGGUGCGAAAUUUCAUCAGCUGCCUGGAGAAUCUCACCAAGAAAACCUCCAAGAUGUAUAGCUAUGUGAAGUACAUGAAGAACGAGGUGAAGGAGUUCAAGAAGCUGAAACAUCACAUCUCCCAGAACCACGAACGCUUGAUCCAGCAGCAAUUGCCGCUGGGAGCGAGACGAUUGCUUCUCGGCCUGGAUGCCCAAACCAACAAUGAUGAUCUCCAUCGCAGGGGACAGUAUUGCAGCACCAGGACACCGAAUGGCUCCGAUGAACCAGUGCUCUUUUGUGACUUCUAUUCGGACAUGCAGAUGCGACUGGAGAGCAAGGAUGUGGAUAUAGACGUCCUGGAGCGUGAUCUCAAGGCCAACACGGAUGCGGUCAUUCGACAGGUGUCCACCGAGAUACGUAAGCAGUUCAAUCUGGAGCAACUGAAGGCAGCCAAGGCACAAAUGCCCGCCAAAGCAACCAAGGCCACAUAGUAAAUGGUCAGUAAAUGGUCACCACACAACUGGCACACAUUCCCCAAAAACUUCGGGUCACAAACUAGCUUUUACUUUUAAUCUGUUCAUAUAGUAUUAGGUCGUGUGUGUGUGUGUACAUAAGUUAACCGAGAUACUGGUUAAGUCUGCAGGAAUAGUUUAAUCGGACUAGGCAUAUAAGCAGGCAAUGUUCGAGCGGAGGUUUUGGGUAGCACUAUAACCAGCUUGAAUAGCUAGAUAAAUAAAUAGCGUAUUUAAUGUAUUCCCCAAGUCUUAGGUUCUUAGAGAAGUAGAUUAUCUGUUUGUUUUAAAUAUUGAAGCAUUUUAUCAAUUGUAAACUCGUUAAACAUUCUGUAAACGCAUGCAAUUAUGGAUUUCACUUUCUUUGGUUGAUUUAAAACAUUUGUGUUAAUUUUUGGUUAUGUUUUAAAGAACAGAUUUAUAAAACCCACUUUUUUCGUUAAAAUCAAGUAUUUAUUUAAUCAAUUCUUUUAGUCUACUUCUUUGACAUUAAAGCUUAGCUUUAAUUAAGGCCAAGAAUUCUAAAGACAUCUCUAAAUAUUAUUAAUAUGUGACACGUUCGAUAGGAAUUAAGUUGUCAUUUUAGUCUUUUAGGAAAGUGCCGAUACCAUUUAUUUUUAAUAAUAAUCAACAACAUGAAGGACCAGGACCUCCCCUCGAAUGUCCCAACAAAGUUUGGAUAAUCGCGACUAGGCUAUUGCGUAUUUAUAUUUAACACUAGUUUAAACCCAUUUACUAUACAACACCCCGUUCUGUUUGUUAAUCCUUAAGAAAUUUACAAAAAUAACAACAGCCAUGAGCUAAUCGAUGAAAACAGA